AUGGCGGAGCCCUCGCCCGCCCGACGCCCGGUGCCCCUCAUCGAGUCGGAGCUGUACUUCCUCAUCGCCCGGUACCUAUCGGCCGGCCCGUGUCGGAGAGCCGCCCAGGUGCUGGUGCAGGAGCUGGAGCAGUACCAGUUGCUGCCGAAGAGGUUGGACUGGGAAGGCAACGAGCACAACAGGAGCUACGAGGAAUUGGUCUUGUCCAAUAAGCAUGUGGCUCCUGAUCAUCUGUUGCAAAUCUGCCAACGCAUUGGUCCCAUGUUGGAUAAAGAAAUUCCACCCAGUAUUUCAAGAGUCACUUCUUUACUUGGUGCAGGAAGGCAGUCUUUGCUACGUACAGCAAAAGACUGCAGGCACACAGUUUGGAAGGGCUCUGCCUUUGCUGCUCUUCACAGAGGAAGACCUCCAGAAAUGCCAGUGAACUAUGGUUCCCCACCCAGUCUUGUGGAGAUACAUCGAGGAAAACAACUCACAGGGUGUUCCACUUUUAGCACAGCAUUUCCAGGAACUAUGUAUCAGCAUAUAAAAAUGCACAGAAGGAUUCUUGGACAUCUGUCUGCUGUUUACUGUGUAGCAUUUGAUAGGACAGGACAUAGAAUCUUUACCGGUUCAGAUGAUUGUUUGGUGAAGAUUUGGUCAACACACAAUGGCCGCCUGUUAUCAACAUUAAGAGGUCAUUCUGCAGAAAUUUCAGAUAUGGCAGUAAACUAUGAGAAUACAAUGAUUGCUGCAGGGAGCUGUGAUAAGAUAAUUAGAGUGUGGUGCUUGAGAACUUGUGCCCCAGUUGCUGUGCUCCAAGGACACACGGGGUCAAUCACAUCUUUACAGUUUAGCCCAAUGGCCAAAGGCUCCCAAAGAUACAUGGUCUCUACUGGUGCUGAUGGAACAGUUUGUUUCUGGCAGUGGGAUUUAGAAUCCCUGAAAUUCAGUCCACGUCCCCUGAAGUUCACGGAAAAGCCUAGACCAGGUGUUCAGAUGCUUUGUUCUUCUUUUAGUGUUGGUGGUAUGUUUUUAGCCACAGGUAGUACUGAUCAUGUAAUCAGAAUGUAUUUUUUGGGUUUUGAAGCACCUGAAAAAAUCGCAGAACUUGAAAGCCACACAGAUAAAGUUGAUAGUAUCCAGUUUUGUAACAAUGGUGAUCGGUUCUUAAGUGGUAGCAGAGAUGGAACGGCACGGAUUUGGAGAUUUGAGCAGUUGGAGUGGAGAAGCAUUUUAUUGGAUAUGGCAACCCGAGUCUCAGGGGACUUAUCUUUGGAAGAGGAAAGGUUUAUGAAACCCAAAGUCACAAUGAUCGCUUGGAAUCAGAAUGAUAGCAUUGUUGUCACAGCUGUGAAUGAUCAUGUCCUUAAAGUGUGGAAUUCUUACACAGGGCAACUGCUUCAUAACUUACUGGGACAUGCUGAUGAAGUAUUUGUUUUGGAGACACAUCCCUUUGAUUCCAGAAUUAUGUUAUCUGCAGGACAUGAUGGCAGCAUAUUUAUAUGGGAUAUUACAAAAGGCACCAAGAUGAAACAUUAUUUUAAUAUGAUUGAAGGGCAAGGACAUGGAGCGGUCUUUGACUGUAAGUUUUCACAGGAUGGACAGCAUUUUGCCUGUACAGAUUCUCAUGGACACCUUCUGAUAUUUGGUUUUGGAUGCAGCAAGCCAUAUGAAAAGAUUCCUGAUCAGAUGUUCUUCCAUACUGACUAUCGACCACUGAUUAGGGAUUCUAAUAAUUAUGUCUUAGAUGAGCAAACUCAGCAAGCUCCUCACCUUAUGCCUCCACCAUUCUUGGUAGAUGUAGAUGGAAAUCCUCAUCCAACUAAGUAUCAGAGAUUAGUACCAGGUCGAGAAAAUUCUGCAGAUGAACACUUGGUUCCACAGCUAGGCUAUGUGGCAACAAGUGAUGGAGAGGUGAUUGAACAAAUUAUAAGCCUACAAACCAAUGAUAGUGGUGAACGAAGCCCAGAAUCCAGUGUUCUUGAUGGAAUGAUAAGACAGUUGCAGCAGCAGCAGGAUCAGAGAAUGGGAGCAGAUCAGGAUACUGUUCCAAGUGGACUUCCAAGUGGAGAAGAAACACCCCGAAGAGGUUUUAGAAGACUGAGCUUAGACAUCCAGUCCCCUCCAAAUAUUGGUCUGCGUCGUAGCGGACAGGUAGAAGGUGUUCGUCAGAUGCAUCAGAAUGCUCCUCGUAGUCAGAUUGCUACAGAACGUGACCUGCAGGCUUGGAAACGAAGAGUGGUUGUACCAGAGGUACCACUAGGCAUAUUUAGGAAGUUGGAAGACUUCAGAAUAGAGAAAGGUGAAGAGGAAAGAAAUCUUUACAUAAUAGGAAGGAAAAGGAAGACUCUCCAGCUCACACAAAAGUCUGACUCGGUGGUUUUGCUGUCACAGUCUAGGCAGAGGACAUGCAGGCGCAAAUACCCAAAUUAUGGUAGAAGAAAUCUUGGCCGGCUUGAGUUAUCUUCUGGAAAUGAAUCUUCAAGCUCUAUGAGACAUGAGACUUCCUGUGAUCAAAGUGAAGGCUCUUGUUCUUCUGAAGAAGAAGAGUGGAGGAGUGAUCGAAGAAGUGAGAGUGACAGCGAGAGUUCAAGUGACUCGUCAUCUCGAUACUCUGAUUGGACCGCUGACGCAGGCAUCAAUCUGCAGCCGCCUCUACGGACGUCAUCACGUCGGCGAGUUACUCGUUUUUGCAGUAGUUCAGAGGAUGAAAUGUCUACUGAGAAUUUAUCUCCUCCAAAAAGGAGACGAAAGAGAAAGAAAGACAAUAAGCCUAAAAAAGAGAACUUGCGAAGGAUGACUCCGGUGGAGCUUGCAAAUAUGGAACAUUUAUAUGAAUUUCAUCCUCCAGUUUGGAUAACUGACACCACACUUCGAAAGUCUCCUUUUGUUCCUCAAAUGGGUGAUGAGGUAAUAUAUUUUCGACAGGGUCAUGAAGCUUAUAUUGAGGCUGUCAGAAGAAAUAAAAUAUAUGAACUGAACCCUAACAAGGAGCCAUGGAGAAAAAUGGAUCUCAGGGAUCAAGAAUUGGUCAAAAUAGUUGGAAUACGAUAUGAGGUUGGGCCCCCUACACUCUGUUGCCUCAAACUUGCGUUUAUAGAUCCUGCAACUGGAAGAUUAAUGGACAAAUCUUUCUCUAUUAGGUAUCAUGAUAUGCCAGAUGUUAUUGACUUUCUUGUAUUGCGUCAAUUUUAUGAUGAAGCAAGACAGAGGAAUUGGCAGUCUUGUGACAGGUUCCGAUCUAUCAUUGAUGAUGCUUGGUGGUUUGGGACAGUGCUAAGUCAAGAGCCAUUUCAGCCACAGUACCCUGAUAGUCAUUUCCAGUGCUACAUCGUUAGGUGGGACAAUACUGAAAUUGAAAAACUUAGCCCGUGGGACAUGGAACCAAUUCCUGAUAAUGUUGAUCCACCUGAAGAAUUAGGAGCUAGUAUUUCUGUCACUUCCGAUGAGCUAGAGAAACUGCUCUACAAACCACAAGAUGGUGAAUGGGGUCAGAAAUCGAGAGAUGAAGAGUGUGAACGAAUUAUUAGUGGCAUAGAUCAACUUUUGAAUCUUGACAUAGCUGCAGCUUUUGCAGGUCCAGUUGAUCUGUGUACGUAUCCAAAGUACUGUACUGUGGUAGCUUAUCCAACGGAUCUGUACACAAUUCGAAUGAGACUCGUUAAUCGCUUUUACAGGAGGCUAUCUGCAUUAGUUUGGGAAGUCAGAUACAUAGAACAUAAUGCCAGGACAUUUAAUGAACCCGAGAGUGUAAUUGCAAGAUCAGCUAAGAAGAUAACUGACCAACUUUUAAAAUUUAUAAAGAAUCAAGACUGUACAAAUAUCUCAGAACUUUCUAACACUUCUGAAAAUGAUGAGCAAAAUGCCGAGGAUUUGGAUGAUAGUGAUCUUCCUAAAACAUCUUCGGGAAGGAGACGAGUCCAUGAUUGGAAAAAAAGGAGCAUCAAAGCGACCAACUAUGUUGAAAGUAACUGGAGGAAACAGUGUAAGGAACUAGUGAACUUAAUUUUUCAGUGUGAAGAUUCUGAACCAUUUAGACAACCUGUUGAUUUGGUUGAAUAUCCAGACUACCGAGAUAUUAUAGAUACUCCAAUGGAUUUUGGAACAGUAAGGGAAACUUUAGAAGCAGGAAAUUAUGACAGCCCUUUGGAAUUUUGCAAAGACAUCCGGUUGAUAUUUAGCAAUGCAAAAGCAUAUACACCAAACAAAAGAUCAAAGAUUUACAGCAUGACCUUGAGAUUGUCUGCCUUAUUUGAAGAAAAAAUGAAGAAAAUCUCCUCUGAUUUUAAAAUUGGUCAAAAAUUCAGUGAAAAACUUCGAAGAAGCCAGAGGUUCAAGAGACGGCAAAAUUGUAACCGUGUCAAUCAGGCUAACAAAAGUAUCAGAAAUACCAAGCAGAAGCGGUUAAAAUCUCAGACAAAAGUAAUUCCUGAAUUGGUAGGUUCUCCUACCCAGUCUACCUCCAGUAGGGCCGCUUAUUCUGCGAGCCAGAAGACAAGUGCUAGUGUUUCUUCAGGGGUGACGUCUGGUGACUCCUCAGACUCAGCAGGAUCGUCAGAAAGAAUGAGAAGUAGGCCUGUCACUCUACACAAUGGCUCUACGUUAUCUGAAAGUGAAAUGGAAGAUUCCUUAGGUACCUCUUCAUCAUCAGCUUCAAAUAGUUCAGAGGAAAGCAAAGAGAGUUCAAGACCUCGUGAAUCUUCCUUACGUAGUGGGCUGGCCAGAAGCAGUAAUCUCAGGGUGACCAGAACCAGAGCUGCUCAAAGAAAAACUGGUCCAGUUUCUUUAGAGAAUGGAUGUGGCAGAAAAGCCACUCGAAAGAGAGUCUAUUUAAGUGACUCUGAUAACAAUUCAUUGGAGACCGGUGAAAGUCUGAAAGCCAGGGCUGGAAAUAACCGGAAAGUGUUACGGAAGUGUGCUGCCGUGGCUGCCAAUAAGAUAAAGCUCAUGAGUGACGUAGAGGAGAACUCUAGCUCUGAAAGCGUCUGUUCUGGCCGUAAGCUGCCUCACCGUAAUGCUUCUGCUGUGGCUAGAAAAAAGUUACUACAUAAUUCUGAAGAUGAUCAGAGCUUAAAGUCUGAAAUUGAAGAAGAAGAGCUAAAAGAUCGAAAUCAGCCAUCACCACUGUCUAGUUCUCAUGCUGCCCAGAAUACUGUGAAUGAGUCAGAAAACGGGGAUUCAGAGUCAGAAAGUGAUUUGCGAGUAGCCCGCAAAAAUUGGCACGCCAAUGGUUAUAAGUCGCAUGCUCCAGCAACUUCUAAAACAAAAUUUCUGAAAAUAGAAUCUUCUGAUGAAGACUCUAAAAGUCAUGAUUCAGACAAUGUACAUAACAGAACUGCUGGUCCAUCCACGUCUGGGCAGAAACUUAAGGCAGAGAGCGUCUCAGAGGAAGAGGAGGAAGCAGAUUCUGAACCAAGAAAGUAUGCCGGUAGGAAAUACAACACAGGUCGCAAGAAUCUUACUUUCCUUAAAAAAGCAAAGAUCUUCAGUGAUUCGGAGGAGUCCGAAUCUGAAGAGCAAGAUCGAGAAGAUGGCAGCUGUCACAGAAUGGAAACAAACCUGAUUAAAGGGGGUUCGAAGUGUGAACCAACGACUGGGUCCCAGUGUUUCUCAGAUCACGUAUCUGAGACCGAUUUGGAUUCAGAUGAUGACACUGCAAAAGAAAAACCAAACCAUAUUAGGAAAGAUUCUACAUCACAAGACCAUGGACAAAGCAGGAAAGUUUCCAGGAAAAGGGUCUGUUCCAGUGACUCAGACAGCAAUUCAAAGGUGGUUAAGAAGUCCUCAAAAGCCAAAACGGGUCUCCUCAGGACUCCUCGAGGACGUGCAGCCACCGCUGCCAGUAAGCUGAAGCUCACGAGUGACGUGGAAGAUGUCAGUUUAGACAGCGCAUGCACCAGAAGCAAAAGCGGAAGGCAGAAGCCCCUCCGUUCUGCGUGUGUCCCAGCUAAGACGGCGGCGAGUGAUUCCGAGGGAGACGUCAACUGUGAAGUGCCAAAUGAGCAGUGUGCUUGCCGAGGGAGGCCGCCCGCAGCCAGCUCGGAGGGCAGUGCGAAAAGCCUUCGUCCGUCUUUAAACGGAGACUCGGACUCUGAAGGGCUGCCCAGUCCCGCACCCAAGAGCAGGCACACCAGGAGUCACAGAACAACUGUUGCACCUUCUAACACAAAGAAUUCCUCGGUUGGGUCUUCAGAGGAAGAGUCAAAAAGCCAUAUUCCAGGGGGCGAGAUGGGUCGAAAAUGUUCUUCGGAAUCAGGUUUGGUGCAGAAAGCUACUGCAGAGAAUGCCUUUGAGGAGGACCUGAACUACGGGCUGCGCAGGUGGAACGGCAGGAGGCUCAGGACCUACGGGAAGGCCCCAUUCGGCAAGACCAAAGUGCUGCGGGAGGCGCGGGGAGCGGCCGUGGCGGAGGUGCAGCGGAAGAGGCCGCAUCCUGAGCCCCCGCGCGGGCCGGCGGCUGGCGGCGGGGGCGCUUCCAAGCUGGGCGCCGACCCCGGGCCCAGGUCCGACUCCGAGUUGGCGUCUGGGACUGAAUCAGAUGUGGACUGUGCCGGUGACGCGAAAACCAAAAAGAGGAGAACGAGAGGAAACGCAAAAGCGACGAGAAAAGGGAAAGCUUGUGCAGCCGCCGCAUCUAGAGGCGCGAGGCGGCAGAGACAGAGCAAGCGGCCAAGGCCGAGUGCGGACGACCACGACUGGGACGACCUGGACUACGCGCAGUCCAAGAGGGGCCUUCGACGCUCGAAAAUAAAGACGAGGAAUCAGGGCAGAAGGACCGUGAGGUACCACGAUGGGGAUGACGACAGAAGCUUGGAAAACGUGUUAGGUUUCGAUGAUUGCACCUUAUGA